AUGGCGCCCUCUGCGUCAGUCAACGUUCCCACGAACACCAAGAUCAAGGAGCAGGAUGUCAACAACAAGCUCCAGCUCUAUGGGAUCUUCUCUGGUAGGUCCUUUGAGCGAUGCGCUUCUUCCAACCUCGUCGUUCACAUUGCUAACGUGCGCUCGCUNUCAGCCUUCACCAAUGGCAAGGUUCCAUCAAACAAGCAGAUUGAUGUUGCUAUGAACAGCGCUCUCGCAUCGCGACCGCUCUCGAACCCUUCAAAGAAGCUCUCGACAGAGGGUCAGAAGCUCGUUGGUGACUUGCGCGAGGUCGUUGAGCAGGCCAAACUUCUGCUCCUGACCAAGAACGAGGGCAACCUCCUCCAGGACUUCAUCUGGCAAACUCAGCAGAUCUCCGGUGGCAACGCCGGCACGCCUAACGCUCCUGUCGGUAAGGACACAGCCAAGCAACACGGCAACGAGGCUCUCGACGGUCUGCGCACCCUCGGCACGCUCAUCCUGUCCAACGGUCAAUUCCGCAAGCUCUGUAAGUAUAGGUCGUAUUCUCCACCAUGA